AGCCCAUCCACCUACUACCUCCUUUAACCCAACCAAAACGAGAAUAAGGAACUGGGAUUAAUCAUCAUGCCCCCCUCCAUCGGCCUCAUAAUCUGCAGCCAGCGCACUCCUCGCGCAGGCCCCCAAAUCGGCACAUUCAUCCACAAUACCAUCCGUGAAGCCUAUCCCGCUGAAAAAGCCAUAAUUACGACCAUCGACCUGGCAGAAUGGAAUCUCCCACUAUACAAUGAGUCAGGGAUGCCUUCCCGCAUCAGCUCAGCAGAUGAGUACGAGCACGAGCACACCAAGGCCUGGUCACGGGAGAUAUCGCGCCACGAGGCGUUCAUUUUUGUCACACCGCAGUAUAACUGGGGGUAUCCAGCGAGUGUGAAGAAUGCAAUUGAUUAUUUGUUUCAUGAGUGGAAGGGGAAGCCGGCGUUGGUGGUGAGUUAUGGGGGGCAUGGGGGUGGGAAGGCGGCGGAGCAGUUGAGGCAGGUGUUGCAGGGGGUGAGGAUGAGGCCGUUGGAGAGGAUGAUUGGGUUGAAGUUUCCGGAGAUGAAGGAGGUUGAGAGGGCGGCUAGAGGGGAGGAUUUGGGAUUGGAUGGGGAGGGGGGGCGCAAGAGAUACUAUGCAGGAACCACACACCCCUGUGUACUCUACACCCAUGGGCAUCUCAUGAGUGAAGCAUAUGAUUCCCUGUCUGUCACGAGGACGCUGGGAUGUAUCGUCACCUACUAUCCAAAACGUUUAUUGUAUGAUCAACCGUGUCUGAUGGUCCAUCUCUUCAUUCUCUUCUGCUCCCUCGUAGGCCUACUACCAGCGGCUGCCCCCCUCGAAACCAUAACCUGCGACAUCUGCAUCCUCGGAGGCGGAAGCUCAGGAACAUACAGCGCCAUCCAGCUCAAAGAUGCAGGGAAGCACGUGGUAGUAAUAGAGCCCAACAACCGGCUCGGAGGGCACGCAGAGACACUAUACCUACCAGAUGGGAACUACGUCGACUACGGCGUCGAAGGCGUCUUCAACAACGAGCUCUCCCGCAACUACUUCCGCCGACUAGGGGUAGACUGGAAGCCACUACUCCCACUCAACAAACGAACCGACUUCGUCGACUUCUCGACUGGGGAGCGCGUCGACCCGCCAGCAGGAAUCUUACAAGCCCUCGUAUCAACAUUCAUUUACCGCUCAUCCAUAAAGCACUGGACGUUCCUCACAAGAGGGGUAUACGACCUUCCCGACCCCGUACCAGAAGACCUCCUCCGCCCGUUUCGCGAAUUCGUCGAGGAGCAUUCCCUCGAAGCUGCCCUGCAUGUGGUGUUCCUUUUCUCCCAGAAUGUAGGAAACCUUCUCGACAUGCCCACUCUCUAUGCGAUACAAAACUUUGGAGUCCCGCACGUUGACGCUCUCAUCCACGGAUAUAUCACGCCUAAAAACGGCAUGUAUGACCUUUACAAGCAAGCAACGGAAAUACUCGGUUCGGACGUGCUGUUCCAGACAAACGUGGUUACAACAAACCGGUCCGAUUCCGGAGUGGAGGUAACAGUUCAGCAUAAGGGCACUCGAAAACUCAUUAAAGCCAGAAACCUCCUCAUAACCUUCCCUCCACUCAUGCAAAAGCUUCAAGGCUUCGACCUGGAUGAAACAGAAACGGAGCUAUUCCAGAAAUGGUUCUGGAGAACAUACUACGUUGCCGUGGUCAAUAAUACCGGUAUCCCGGACAAGUUGUGGGUCACUAAUACCGAUCCCUCCAACGGACUGGGUGCUUUACCUCGCAUGCCAUUCGACUUUCUACUGCAGUAUAUGGGAGCGCCGGGACAUUCAACGAGCAAAGACCUUAUAGCGGCGGAUUUUGCGCGGAUGAAGGCCAAGGGGACGUUUCCGAUCCAGGAUCCUCAGAUCGUGGUUUUUGGGGAUAGUUCGCCGGAGACGUUGAUGGUGUCGCCGGAGGAGAUCCGCAAUGGAUUUUAUCGCAAGUUGUAUGCGCUGCAGGGGCGGAGGAGUACGUAUUAUACCGGAUUGACGUUUUGUUCGGACUUUUCGUCGUUGAUAUGGGCGUAUACUGAGACGGUUUUGGAGAGUAUGGAUUGGGAUGUGUAG